CAAAAAAUAGAAGCAGCGAGAGCUGCAAACUCAAUCAAGUAGUCUUUAAAGUCAUCAUUGUCCUGUUGUUUCAAACCUUGACGCUCCGCCCAGGUCGUUCUAUCGUCUGCUUUCCAGUAUCUAGCUGUGGAUUGUAUUCUAUCUCUGCGAGAUAGAUCGGAGAGCAAGGCCUCUUCCCUUCCACUUUUCCUUCUUGCUCGCCCCACUACUCUGCUAGUGGAGGAUCCGAGUUCAGCUGCCGGCCAGCCUUUAAUUCAAAUUUGCGACUUUCGCCGUCUGUUGACCAGACCUAUCUGUUUCUAAAUACUCUCGUUUUCAUAUACUCGAUCUCUGUCUCUCAGCAUGCCGGGUUCGAAACCUACCCCAACAUUGGCAGCGGCGGCGAAGACACCGCGUGCACCAACCGUCAUUUCCACCCUUGGUGAUAAUUCGAGCAAGGCGACCAGCAAAUCACACAAGCGAUCGCGCUCAGGCUGCUUUACAUGUCGUUUACGAAGGAAAAAGUGCGACGAAGGCCACCCCUCAUGCACCGCUUGUAUCAAUCUCAAUUUGAAAUGCGAGUACAAGCGACCAAUGUGGUGGGCCAGCGCGGAGCAGCGGCGGAUGCAAAAGGAGCGAGUCAAGAACAAAAUCAAACACACCAAAACUCUGGAGAGGCGUGGGUCACAAGAAAAUGGCGAGCAUGCGCAUCUUUCACAAACGUCUCCAUCACUCUCGGGAGAAGGUGACUUUCUCCAUCCGUCGUUUGUCGAGCCUUACGAUCCCUUCAUUAACAACAUGCCAACGACCGCAUUUCCAACCCAUAUUUAUCCCGCUCAUUACGCUCCUUACGAAAUCGACGUGCACACUGAGCGCCAAACGUUUGUUAAUGAUGUACCUCUACGACACGACUCUUCUGUCUCUACCUAUAGUGCGAUGGGUCCACCACAGCUUCAUGCUACGCUCCCAAACUUCCACGGAGACGAAUGGUUGAAAGAGGAGUGUUUCAAUCAAGCUGGGGUAUACGGACCUCUGGACCCCUCGAUUGUCCAGCACAGCAAUUAUUCUAUGGCACCACACAUAGACACUGCAAUGAUUCCUGUGGAUGAGCAUGAUCGCGCAUUCCUUGAUCACUUCGUCGAGAAUGUCCUACGAAUGAUCUUUCCAAUUAUUGAAGUUCACCAACUCGGUGCCGCUCGCGCUAGAUCAAUUUUGCAUUCGCUUGAAACGAACAAAUCUUACCUCCAUUGCUGCUUGAGUGUUUCGGCCAUUCACCUCAAAUCCACAGUGGGCUUAAGUGCCGAGCAGAUUGAUCAUGAUAUUAUGCGACAUCGCUACGAAGCAAUUGCCCAAUUGUGCCAGUCUCUCAACCAUGACACCGAACAUGAGCAGAUUCUAGACGCGACCCUCGCGAUGAUCUUCUUCCAUUGUUCAGUCGGAGCACCCGAUGAUUGUUUGCCGGACAUUCCAUGGGACGAUCAUUUUCAAGCGGCUUCAAACUUGGUGAACCGGCUAGAGCUGCCAAGCUCCUCGGUUCGCACGGCGGAUUCUGGCGUAAUCACGCCUUUCAGUAUGACUCUAACUACUUGGAUUGACAUUCUCGGUGCAACUAUGCUCGGGAAAACACCACAAUUCGCUCAUUCUUACCGCUCUAAGCACCUCACUGGUACACCGUCAGGUCUGCGCGAGCUGAUGGGAUGUGAUGACCGAAUAAUGUAUCUCAUAUCUGAGAUUGCGUGCUUGGAUUCUUUGAAGCUUGAAGGACAUAUAGAUGAGCUUACUCUCUGCCAACAUGUUUCUGCCCUUGGAGCACAACUCGAGCAUACUGAGCCCGCCGAUCCGACACUUACGCACCCAUACAUACCUAGUGGUGCUUUCCGGCCUGAUAUCUUGACAAAGUCUAUGAGCACCAUAUUCCGCAUCGCGGCCCGGAUUUAUCUUUGCAGCCUCGUCCCUGGCUUCGAUCGCAAUCAGCCCAGCAAUUUGAACCUUGUUUUGGCUCUAACAAACGCUAUCCAGUUCAUUCCGGCCGGUCCCUACGGUUUCGAUAGGUCACUGGUGUGGCCCUUGCUUAUGGCAGGCGCAUUUUCGACCCCCGAAAGCUCGUUUCGCAGCGUUCUCGAAGAGAGAGCAGCAGCUUUGGGAGAAAUUGGGGACUUUGGUAGCUUUGGCCGAAUGUAUCGCGUGUUGCAUGAAGUAUGGCGCCUGUCAGACGACUGCUCCAUUUCUGAGCCUGUGGCAACGGAGCAAACCCAUGCGAGUGGGUUGGUUUUCAAGCAGGAAAGCUCCACUUCUCCGGAUCUGGGAAGUCCAGGAAUGCGCUCCAUCAAGAAGCAGAACGUGCAUUGGCGAGAUAUUAUGCACCGCAACGGCUGGAGGUAUCUGUUACUGUAAGCUGGAGAUUUUAUCGUAUGGGGUUUGCUUGAUCGAUUGCGGUUGUCCUCCGGAAAUACAGCCGAUCUCACGUAAAGAGGUGCUAAUGGUUAUGGGUCGUUAUUUUUGGGUUUCUGCGAUCUCACUUGCUUUUAUUCGCUCUUUUAGGAGUUCGUACUUUCAUGUAGGCUUGGCCUGAUUAAAUCAGUGAUGGCUUGCCCACAAGGAAGGACAAUAUUGUCAUGCGGCAUGUAGUUUGAGUAUAUGCAUUAUACCACUAUUUUUCUUACCUUUUACGGGAUUCAUAGGUGCCAAUUGAUGCUUGACAUGGGUUUCCAUCUUUGGAAUCUUACAAAACUUGACUAUGGAGUAGAAUACAACCACCGAUCAUUCAAAAAGUCA